AUGGAUUCCAAUGAGCGACGUGUAAUGAGAGUCGUAAUGAUGCUGAGGUUGACAGUGUUUAUCGCAUUUGUUUUUCAAGUGAAUGGACAAGGUGUAGGUGUUAGGAAUGUUCCAACUGUCUCAUAUAAACAACAAGACAUGAAAUUACAAGACGGCAAGCUGGGACAACCUGUUGUUCAUCAUCAACAGGGACUCGACCCUGGAAAAGAGAAUAUGCAACAGAAGCAUGGAGCAGGUGGAACAGGGAGACAGCUUGGUGCUGGGAAACCAGCAGCUUUCAGACUUUCAGAGAGCAGGGAAUGUGCAGAUGAUAUUGUUAAGCACUGUAACCCUAAAAUAUACAAAAAUAAUUUCGCCAUUCUGGAUUGCUUACAGAAUGACAUUAAGAUAAUGGAAGAUUUAUCAGAAGUGUGUCAGCAUUUUAUAUGGAAAUACAAACUAAAUUUAACACGAGAUGACAGGUUUGACUAUGCAGCUGGAGAGGUGUGUAAGCAGGAACUGAGUCAGAAUAAAGAAUGUUCACAGCUGGAGAAAGGCAAGGGACUGAUUAUACCUUGCCUGGUGGACAACAUUGUAAACAUCACAGGAAACUGUCGGACAUACCUGGAGAAAAUGGCCCGGAUUGUGUUCAGUGACUAUAGACUGAUUUUCCAUUUCGUUGACCAGUGUAAUGCAGAUAUUCAGCAGUUUGGCUGUGGACGAGUCGCUCCAUUGGAUGAAAAUGAUGUUCAUUCUCAAGGAAAAACACUAGAAUGUUUAGCAGACAAGAUUGGUGAUUUACAUGAUGGCUGUCGGAAACAGUUGUUGAGAGUGGCAGAACUACAGGCGGAUGACUACCACUUGGAUCGCCAGUUGUACUACGCCUGUCGUGAGGAUAGAGAACAUCUGUGUGCAGAUGUACCUGCAGGAGGAGGGAAAAUAUACGAAUGUCUUUUUAAACACAAGUUCGAUAACACAAUGUCAGCAAAGUGUAAAGAGAUGUUAACGGUGAGACAGCAACUCAUUGCCCAGGACGUCAAAGUGGAAAAGACAUUCUACAGUGCCUGUCGCCGUGACAUGAAAGAGCACCAUUGUUUUAAGAAAGACACAGAGGAAGGGGGUGACUUUCGCAGAGCCAAUAUUUUACUGUGUUUGGAAAAUGCUAUAAAAACAGAGAAACAAAUAAGUCCAGAAUGCCAAGCAGAGAUGGCUGAACUUCGACAGGAAUUGAUGGAGGAUUACUCGAUUAGUCCUGAGAUUUUAACAGACUGUAAAACGGAGAUAAUGGAGUCGUGUGACAAGGGCCUAGAAAGGGGAGGCAAGACUAUUCACUGCCUGAUGGAUCUGGCUAGGCCAGCCAGGGAUCAACGAUCAUACAAACAGCAAAAAACAAUGUCGGCAAAAUGUCGCAGAGCGCUGGAGGCAUUAAUUCAGGAGGCUGAUCCCGCCAGUGAUUAUAGAAUGGACAGGGUGUUACAAAAAGCGUGUGAACCUGUCGUACAAGUUGGGUGUAAACAUGUUCAACCAGGAGAUGCGAGAGUGAUCAGCUGUUUGAUGGACCACCUGGACUCGGAGAUCAUGAAUGACGAGUGUGAGGAGAGACUGAUGGAAAUACAGUACUUUGUGGCCAGAGACUUUAGAUUGGACCAACAGUUAUUCAAAAAAUGUCGCCGCCCUGCCAGGGAGCUGUGUGGAAUCAAGGGCGACUGGCUCGAGAGUCGACACAAAGAUGACAAGAAACCAGCAUAUGUCGUCGCAUGUUUGUUCAGAAAUUUUAAGCAAGAAAAAGAAAAGAAAGGGAGAAAGGGGGAUCCAGCUAAUGCAGAGAAAGGGGUAUCCAAACAGUGCAAGAAUGAGAUCAAGAGAGUAAUGAAACAGCGAGCCCAGCGAGUUCAACUGAAGCCUGAGAUCGAGCAAGCUUGUCUCAGAGAUCUCGGAAUGCAUUGCUCUGAAUCUGAUGAUCCAGGAGCAAACCAGGAAAUCUCGUGUUUACAAGAACAUUAUGACCAGUUAGACCCUGAAUGUCAGGAUGUCAUAGGAAACUUCACAGAGGAUGAAGAUGAAAUGCCGGAGCUGGAUAUCAUUCUGAUGAAAGCCUGUACCCCCAUGAUCAACAAAUUCUGUGAUGCGGAUGAAGAAGUAGAUGGAGAUGACACAGAUGAUAUCAUGGAAUGUCUGAUAGAAAACAAAAACAGAAAAGAUAUGAAUGAGAAAUGUCGAGCGGGCAUCGAGCAUCACCAACUGAUAUCAAUGAAGAAUUUCAGAUUUGAUCACAAGUUCAAGGAAGCUUGCAAGCACUCAGUUUCAAAGUUCUGCAAAAACAGGAAAACAAAAAAUGAAGUGAUUUCCUGUCUCAGCGAGCAUGUUAGGAAUGACACCUUGUUGGAUGAGAAGCAGCGAAUUGAAAGAGUUUGCAGAAAACAGCUUCGUGUGGAAGUCUUAGAGAGGGGUGAAGAUAUCCACUUGGAUCGUAAACUUGAGGAAGCCUGCCAUGAUGACAUUAAGCAAAAAUGUCAGGGUGUAGACUCAGGAAAUGCAAAGAUGAUAGAAUGCCUUAAGAGUCAUCAGAAAAUGCUGUCCCCUAAGUGUCAUAAGGUUCUAUUUAAGAGAGAGAAAGAAGAAGCUGUACUUGGUGAUUAUAAAGUACAUUCAGUGUGCAAGAGAAUGAUCAAGAUGUUUUGUAAUGAGGAUGAUAUGGAGGAAGAUGAAAUUCUGCCCUGUCUAAAGAAGAACAAAGAUAGGCCUGAAUUCGAUGAGAAGUGCCAUCAGCUCAUUGUGAAGCGAGAAAUAGCAGAAAAUAAGGAUUAUAGAUUAAAUCCAGAACUACAGAAGAAAUGCCGUCUAGACAUUCCUAAAUUCUGUUCUGAUAUUCUCAAAACUCAGAAGAAUGAUAAUGAACUUCAGGGCAAGAUUGUUACAUGCCUGAGGAAAAAAUUUGCGGUGAAGAGACUGUCCAGAGAAUGUAACUUGGUCAUUAGAGACAUUAUCAAAGAUUCCGCUCACAAUUACAUGGAAGAUGCAGUUCUGGCUUCAGCAUGUGAAGGAGAGAUCAUUAAAUAUUGUGGGGAUGAACAUGAGAUGGCAAUGAAGGGAAGGAACUCUGAAAGCAGAAAUAAAGUAGAAAUGGUGCAAGUCCAGGACGGCAGUGGAAAAGUGGUGGAAUGUCUGAAGCAAAAAUUCCUUAAUCGUAUCAUCACUAAUACUGUUUGCAAACAGGAAAUUGAGAGAGUGAUUCAGGAAUCACAGAUUGAUAUUAAUGUGGACCCACUGCUUCACAUGACUUGUCAGCGUGACCUUCAGAAGUUCUGUGGUGACCUUGAACCUGGCGAAGGACAUCGAAUGGCAUGUUUGCUAGCAGAGCUUGAGGAUCAUCCAAAACAAAUUUCUGAGAAAUGUUUAAAAGAAUUGGAGAAGAGGAAACUGUUAUGGGAGUUGGCAGCUCAGGGUAAACCAAUCGAGGGCUUUCAUGAUGUCUACCAACAGAUUGUGGCCUCCCCUUCCAAGAACUAUCUCCUGUUUGUCAUAUGUAGUAUUAUAGGUGUGUUUUUCCUUGUGGGUAUUACCUGCGGGAGGGUCAGCAAGCGAGUAGCCAAACAGAACAAAAUGAAAUAAACAAACACAUUCCACUACAUGCAGCUUCCAGAGGGCAGAGACCAAGUCAGGCGAUUUAUGAAAAUAUAAUAGAGGUUCAUAAAUUUUAACUUUUUGUUUGAAUGAGUUCUCUACAUUCAAUUGCAGUCAAUUUAUACAUACAUGUAAGUACGUAAGCCAUUAUAUGUUAUGUAGUAAUGUAUCAAAGACAGAUUCUAAUAUCUUCGGUCUUGUAUUUAGGUCUUGUCUUAUAUUAGAAAUUUUUUUUUUUUCUAAUAUGCUCAAAAAAAAAGUCUCCUUAUAAAAACAGAAUGUAUUUUUUGUUUAAAUCAAAUUUAUACUUUUAAAUUAAAAUGAUUUCUCUAUUUUACUUUAUGGUAGACUGUUUAGAAGUUGCUCAUAUCUGUGAUUCAUGUAACAUUUUACAUACAAAUGUAUUAAGACAUUAAUACGAUUGUCCAGUGGAUUCAUAGAGAUUAUUUGCAUUUCCAAUUUAUUGUAAAUAUUUUUUCGGUGUGAAAGAUUUGAUUAUGUGUCAUAUAUGAUGUGAUGAUAUGAUUGUUGAUGAAUGUUAAUACAUGUAAUGUGUUUCAUAAAAUGUAUCCCCAUGUAUGUCUAAAGGUGGAGAUUCGUCACUAACCUAAAAGUACCAUGAAAAUAGUUUUAACCAAAAAUUUGUGUGGAAUGUAGCAGAAAGUUUUGAUUUACAUGUAUAUGAUCUUGGGGUUGUUUUUAUUAUUUUUGAUGACUAAGGAAAAAAAAUUAUUUGAAUUUGUGAUUAGUCGCAGUUUAUAUUGCUUUAAUAUAUAUAAAGUAGAAAUCAGAUAUAAAAUGUAUAAUGCUCUUACAUGCCAGUUAAAGAGUCAAAUUUUAACAUGGUUUUUUAAUGUGCAUAAUCAGUGAAGCCUUGAUGUAAAUUAGUCCGCAAAUGAUGCAAGGCUCUGUUCACAUGUUGUGAAAUACUCAAGAUUCUACAGAGAGAAAGAAAUACACGAGACAUAUGGUAUAAAAUGAAAGUGUGUGCAAGCAAAGACCAGCUGUAGGGAGAUAGUCAUCUAGCAUUAAUGCAUGUAUGUGUCUUGUGAAUACUUGUCAUAAAAUAUUCUCCACAAUCAGAUAAUCAGAAAUGUCCAAACAAUUGUUCAUUUGUAUUCUUAAUUUUCUUUGCAAUUUAAAUCUUCAUCAGGUGAAUAUUUUGGUUAAUUAUCCUGAUUUGGACAUUUUCUGUGUUUCUGUUUUUUGAAAUACACCGGUAAUGAUGUGUAUGAGUUACCUGCAUGUUUGUAUGCUAGAUGCCUUAUUUGAAAAGUAUAAUAUUGUCUUUUUUUUUGUUGAAUUGGAUCAUUUGAAGUUGUAAUUCUUUUCACAACCAAAAAAUUCUUAGUAGAACUGAAAAACAUGACAGUAAAGAUAUAAAAUAAAACAAGAACUAAAGUAUAUUUCUUCUCAUGCUGAAUAAAAAAUCUAUAGUAAAUUAGGCCUAUAGUUUGCUGAAGUGUUAGGUAUGUUGCCGUACCUUGUUUUUGUGGGUUUGUUUCCAUUCCCGUAGCAUGUGAACAAAAUUGUCUUGGUGCUUUAACCUGUUUGCAUCCGAAUGAUUGAUGUCAACUUUUAUGACUAAAUCACACAGUGAACAUAAUCAUAUGUUGUACGUUAAGAACAUGUAAUAUAAAAACUUAUUUUUGUGCCCUUUCAUCUAGCAGAUCAGAUAAAUCUCUGCAGGGAAAACAAUUUUUUUUUUCCUUGUACGAGUUGGAUUGAUGGUGCAUUAUACAUGUAUGAACAUUUCAAAUGUUGCCCAAAUAGACUGUGUUAAAUGUAUAAUACAGUGAAAGUACUUGUUAUUUAUUUUGUAUAUUGUUGCUAGAGUACAUUUUAUAUUUAAAAGUAGCUUUAAUAUUGUCUCUUAUUACAUUGCAUCUUUUAUUUUUCUAUUGAAUUUAUACAUACAGUGUAUAUUUCCCUUUGUUUGAAAGUUGAAAAAUUGUAAGUUCAAGGUCAAGAUUUUGGAAUAUUUGUAUCAAUCAGUGAUUAAAAAAGACUUGUUUUAAAACAUCAUUAAGACAUAGUUCGAAAUAGCAAUAAAGCUGUUGAUUGUUGAAAAAGGCUGGUUUAAACAGAGAACUAUAAUUUUUGAUGUACAAAUCAUGAGAAAUUGAAAUAACAAAGUGCAAAUAUAUGAAAUUCAUUUCAUUCUGUAGCGUUCCUAGUCAUACAAGUGUGAAAAUCAUGUAGAUGAAUAGCCUUCCAUGAAAAUCAUGUACAAGUAAACAAUUAAUUUCAUAAUAAAUUCCAAAUACUAGUACAUGUGCUUGCUUUUAACCACUACUUCAAAACCAUGAAGUGGCAUUUCCUAUUUAAACGACUGUGUUAACAUAUACAUAUUUUAAGGGUUUGUGGUUCCUGUUCAAGUUUUGUAUUUCUGGUGUUUGUUCUUCUGUUUUGUUUAUUACAAAGUAUGCAUUGAUGAUUUGUUUUAUGGAAACAGAGAAGAGUUUUUAAGAUCUUUUUUUUCCCUCUCUGUUAAACGGUACAUACUUUAUCAAAUAUUAAUCAUUAAAAAUACUGGUUGAGGUUUCUACCUACACUUACACAGAUUUCUAUUUUUGUCGUGUCUGUAUCAUGUAUUUCAAAAAGUUAAGUAAAAAAAAAAGAGAGAGAAAAUUGAAUGUUAAUGUCCUACAUCAUGGCUUUAUGUUUGUUUCAUGUAAAAUUAACUAUUUCAGACAUAGUUAAUUGUUUUGAUUGUGAAUUAUAUUAAAUAUAUAUAUACUGAAUAAAUUAAUGAUAAGUUUA